UCUGCUGCCGCCGGCGGUAGGUGCGGGCUCGUCCCCGCGUCCCCGGGGCGUGCAAGGGCAAGUGCACGGGCGUGGGCGCGUUGCGAUGGGAGGGUUGCACGCGAGAUGCCUUCUUGCCCGUGGAUGGGGAGCCCGAUCCCCUGCUCCCCUUGCACUGGGAAGAGGCAGGGGCCAACGCCGCCGGGACCUGGUGGCACCUGGGUCCCGGGGCCUCGUUUCUGAGCCUGGGAUCCUGGCAGCCAGGACCCCACGACCUGCGCUUUCAUAUGAUUGCCCUUGUCCCAUCAACCAGUUAAUUGCAUGAUACUUGUAGAGGGGGCUUGGGGUGCCAAUUUCCUUUGGUCUACUUGACUUCAGACUCCCCCGGCUCACUAGUCCCUUCUCCCCAUCACUAAUCCCCGCUCCCCGUCACUAGUCUCCUCUCCCCGUCACUAAUCCCCGCUCCCCGUCACUAGUCUCCUCUCCCCAUCACUAGUCCCUUCUCCCCGUCACUAGUCCCCGCUCCCCAUCACUAGUACCUGCUCCCUGGCACUAGUCCCUUCUCUCUGUCACUAGUUUUCUCUCCCCAUCACUAGUCUCCUCUCCCCAUCACUAGUCUCCUCUCUCUGUCACUAGCCCCUGCUCCCUAUCACUAGUCCCUGCUCCCUGUCACUAGUCUCCUCUCCCCGUCACUAGUCCCCGCUCCCCGUCAUUAGUCUCCCCUCCCUGUCAUUAAUCCCCACUCCCUGUCACUAGUCUCCUUUCUGUGCUUUGGUGCUCCCGGCUGCGCAGAGGCAUCAGGCUUGCUUCACCCUCUUGGAAGGGGCUAUAUCCUUUAUAGCCAGAGUCCCUUCCUGCCUUGUAAGGUGAAUGAGCAUCACAAAAUUACUACCGUGGUGUAAAGGAGUCUCAGUCAUGGGCUAGGGCUCCAUUGUGCCUGGUGCUGCAUGAACAGCAGAACAAAAGGAUGCCACAGAGAUCCUGUAGUCCAAAUAUAAAAUGAUGGGGAGAAGGGAAUAUAGACAGACCGACAUGUGAGUGCAAGGAAACCAGUUAAGCUAUGUUGAUCAAUAUGAUAGGCAGUGGUCUUUGCAUCUGUGGUCUAGGUAUUAAAGUUGUGGUCCAUCCUCACUGGGGUUUGUGCAUUUGCUUCACUCAAAGUCUUUCUCCAGGAUCCAGCUUCUAGACAGGUGCAGGGAGAGGCCAUAAACUUGACUGUUAAAUAGGCAGGUUGGGGGGUGUGUUAUUCCUUCCAUUAUGACCUGUCAGAGUAGAAGCUGUAUCAAGUAGGAGCUGCAUUUAAGGAUUUGCUGGUACGCUUGUCCUGCACGGCAGAUGCCUGGGACAGACUCCUGUCGCGCUGUACAGCUGAAGUGCUAGUUGUACAGCUGCCUAACUCCUGUUUUUGGCACUCCCGCACCAAUUCGGACUCCACGAACCUCCAUGCAGUGAACUAGAUGCACCCUGCUCACCUGUACGGGCACUUGCUAGUAAAACCGAAGGACGCAGUGGGUCCUUCUGUGUUUUAGUUCAAUGCCUUAAACACCGAAGUACUUGUUCAGGGAGCAGCAGAUCCAGGUUUUAAGCUCCCUUCGCUCAGAGGGGGAUUGAACCCUGCAUUUUUUGCUUAUCAGCAAGUAAUUCUUAUCAGCAGAUCAAAGGUUUGGCAUUAUCCAGACCCUCCUCCAGGGAACCUCCAAAAUGAAUUGAUCUUGAUAAACAAGUCACUCAGUCUCUUGAAGUAAGGGGCUCCGUUCUGUUGGACUGGCCUCAAGUUAAGAAUAUAUCUACCUUACUGUCCCUGAAGCUUUGCCCAAAAUACAGUCUCUCCUGUUAUCCCAAGCAUGUGCCAUUUUGGCCUACUGUGCCACCGUAAGCUAUGUGCUAUGGCAAAAUGUUAAGCCCCUUGAAAGGGGAGCUAAGAAGUCUAAAAGACAACUUCAGUCUCUGGCAGAGUUUAUCAUAUUGGCCUGAUUGCCCUCCCCAGAGUGUAGCUGGCUUAGCAAGUGAAGAAAAUAGUGGGUCAGUGUCUCCAAUCCAGACUCCAGUAAAAUGGAGGAUGAUAGGAGCUGUAUCUUCAGUACAAACUGCAGACUUGUGUCAGAUAGACAGGACUCUCUCUGAAGCUGAAGGUACCAUUCAAGUCUUGAUCUGCCUCCCUCCGAACAGGUGCCAAAUCCAACCCGAUUUAAAUAAGUACCACUGUUUCAGUGUAAUUUUCAUGCCAUUCUCCCAGCUCUACUUACCACCCUGUGAGUGGCUACAUUUUUAACCUAUUUUCUUAACUGAGUGUUUGCUCUGUAACUUAAGAAAAAUUUUAAGAUGGCAAUCGAUAGAUUGCAAUCUGGAACAGAUCCUAAGCCACUACUAAGAGCUUUACCGAAGUCAUUUGAGCGAUGCCAGUUUAUACCAACCAGGAGUCUUGCCCUUCAUUCCUGACCUGUAUUUGAUGCCACUUUGUUUUGAAGAAUUAAAAAAGACCACUAAAAUUCAUAUGGGCUUAUAUGAGCUAGGAUUUUUUAUUUCCGUCUUGUUAGUCGCUAGAACUCGGGUUCUCCAGGGAAUGGUUGCAAUUGUGGGUUGAUGAGAUUAAACUGACAACUGCAUGUUCCUUCUGAGUCAAAAGAAUAAGCUUGGCCUGAGCAGGUUUUUUUGGCCUGAGCAGGAGGGGGGUGGGGCUGAUGGGGGCUGCAAGGUUGGGGGGGCUCCAAUCCACGCCCCCUCCAGCUCAGGCCAGGCAAACCCUAGCCAGCAGCUUGCUCCCCCUCCCCUAUCCACCCUGCCUUCCUGCAGACAGGCCCAAUCCUGCACUAGAUUAACCCUAGGGAGCACAAAUUCCCUACGGCACUCCAAAGUGGAGCGCCUUCAUCUGAUCCCUCCUUUGAUGAGGGUUAAUUUGUUGUAGGAUCGGCCACUUUAAAAGCGCUCUGCAGCUGUGCACAUGUGUCACGGCGUGGCUGUAGAGUACUUUCAGGGGGCUGAUUACAUGACAAACGUAAUUUCUGUCUGUGCCCUGUGCCCUGUGCCCUGUGAGUGCUUAUCCUCAAAACAAUAUGAAUAGUCUUGCUACACACAAUAGUUAGGACAGUACUGAUCCCACUGCUUGCAUGAAUGAUUGCCAGGACUAUGUAGGAGUGCAAGAGGAUUGUCCUGCAAUUGCCAUGGCAAAACUCAUGAAAAUAAUGUCUAUUCAGACACUAAUUUCUAUGUGUAAUCAAUCUUUCUGUACCCAAAAGUCAAGGUAAACAUGCACCGGCUUUAUAUAUGCAUUCGUGCACUUAAUGUGCACUUUAGUCAGACUUCAACAUCUGCCCAGCUAUACACAUUUAAGUGGCUUACGCUAAAUACGUGUAAAAUUACAAACUUUGUUAGCACUAUCAUGGCCAAAUGACGGUUCUAGUCACAUGGACGUGCAGCUGCCAAAUUUAUAUGUAUAUUGUGGUGGCUGCAUACACAAAUCAGCUCUGCAGUUGCCUUGAAAACUGGCUAAUGCUAAAAAGUUAUAACAUACAAGAUGAAAUGAGCUUUUCUUAAAUCACACUUCCUCAAAUGGAUCUUUCCCUUAAUGUCUCAAAUGAUAGUAAAAUAUUUAUAAAGGUAGUGCAAUUCCUCUAGCUAUUUUAGGCUCAAGCAUAGCACAAAGUGUUCUUCUGGCGGGGGAAUAAGAGCUAGGUCUUUAAAAAAGUAUUUGAAUGGCCCUGAUCCUGGCAGAAUUUAUCCAGCCAAGUAAUCCUCAUUUAGCUUUGCUUCAAUUUUUCUCUGGGGGACAUUUUUGGAAAGGCAGUUGUAUAAAAUGGCAAAGACUCCUUAAGGGAAAAAAAAGAAGCUUGAGAAAGAAAGAGAAAACAUUUGUAAACACCAACGGUAGACAUAUCCUUGAACGGACAAUCUUGCCCUGGAAGGUCAUAGUCCCAAGUCAAAUGCAAUAACAGAUGAAAGGCAGAUAAGGUUCUUUGGGUCAAUCUGAUAUCUUUUUUAGACCAACUUAAAUAGCUGGAAGAGAACACACCAACUGCAGAGACUUCCUCAGCCUGACCAAGGGGUUUUAAACCUAAAAGCUUGCUAAAAAUUUCACCCCCCAGCCAUUUAAGUUGGUUUAGUACAAGAUAUCAGAGUCACCCAAAGAACCUUGUGUGCCUAUGUCCUUAGUCCAACACAGCUACAACCUAUGCCCCUUAUAACUAAUAAAAAUAAGAGAUAGCUGGGCUAAUACAGAGGCACAGGAAAGUCAAGUGCAUGCUGAGGAUCUGCUAAACUGAUCAUAUAGAAACUCUUCCUCUGGGCUCAAAAUAGAAUUUAUGAAGUCUAAAGUCUGGAUUCUUCAAAUACAGUCUCCUUUUUUUUAACUCUGUUAUCCUCCCUUUCAUUUCCUCUAUUUAUUGUAAUAUUCUUGUAGCGCACAUUGAUUCUUGUUCAGCAUGGAAAUUCCCCUAAUAUGUAGCAACUAAAUCAUUUCUCCUUUCUUUACUUACUCCCAAACCUGAGAGAUGCGUAUGACCUGAAGUCAACUUCUAAUGCAAGGUUACUUGUGCCAGCAGCUUGCCUUAUGAGAAGGAGGAUGUCACCCGAGAACUUACCAAUGAGGCAUCAGAGCUUUAUCGAUCAGACAGUCUACGUCCUCUCCGGCGCACAAAGAGGGCAUGGGUUAUCACCACUAUGGAGCUUCAGGAGGAGGACAAAGGACCAUUUCCCAAACUUGUUGGAGAGCUGUUCAAUAACAAUACAAUCCACCAUUUCGCAGCAUAUCUAAUCAGUGGACCUGGAGUAGAUUUGUACCCAGACAUUGGGUUGUUCAGUAUAAAAAAUGAUGCCGAUGGGCACAUAUAUGUACAUCGCAGCAUUGAUAGAGAGAGAAACUCCUCUUUUUUGAUACGUUUUGAUGUUACAAACAAGAAGACUGGUGAAAAAAUAGACACAUCUUUAUUCUUCAGAAUUAAGAUUAAAGAUAUUAAUGAUAAUGCACCUGAGUUUCCUAUGGCAGAAUAUAAUGUUAUGAUAAAAGAAAAUCACAGUGCAGAUGAGCCAGUACUCCAAAUGACAGCCUUUGACAAAGAUGAACAACGCACUGAUAACUCUAGAGUGGCCUAUUACCUCACUAAGCAAACGCCGCUCUCAGAUGAGCCCAGAUUUACUAUUGAUCCUACCAGUGGGCUGAUACAUAUUUCAGGAUGCCUAAAUUAUGCGGCUGCCAGCUCUUUCCAACUCCUGAUUGAAGCCAGAGACCAUGGAAGCCCACGGAUGUCGUCCACAGCAAUAGUUAACGUUGCUGUUGAAGAUUCAGAAAACAACUACCUGCCUGUGUUUCUUAAGGAAAAAUAUGAGCUGCAAAUUCCAGAAGGCAAAGAACAGCCAGGUGUGCUGAGGCUCCAGGUGAAAGAUCUAGAUUCUCCUUAUACACCUGCAUGGAGGGCAAAGUACAACAUAGUGCAAGGCAAUGAAAAGGAAGAGUUCAUGAUUGAGACUGAUCCUGAAACAAAUGAAGGGAUUUUAAGUGUUAUUAAGCCUUUGGACUAUGAAGGUGCUAUACAGAGGAGACUUGUCAUUUCUGCUGUAAAUGAGCAGCCUUUUUUUACAUGCAAUGCAAGCAAGAAGUGGAGCCAUCCUGUCACGCCCAUCACUGCAUCUGUGAGUGUCAGCGUAGUAGAUAGAAAUGAUGCUCCUCAAUUUGACCCUCCCAAACUUAUUCUUCGAAAAGACGAAGGCGUGAAGCCCGGGACGAAACUUGGAAAAUACACUGCAGUGGAUUCAGACGUGGUGCCAAAUAAGAUGAAAUACAGAGUAGUUCAUGACCCAGCCGGGUGGGUGAACGUCGAUGAGAACACUGGACUUGUUACUGCUGUAAAAGAGCUUGAUCGGGAAUCCCCAUAUGUGAACAACAGUCUGUACUCCAUUAUUGUUCAUGCUGUUGAUGAUGGUGUUCCACCUCAAACUGGCACCGGCACCAUUCUGCUUUACCUGUCUGAUAUUAAUGAUAACAUGCCAAAAUUAGUUGCCCCAUUCUUGGAAGUUUGUGACCAAGAAGGAAUUAUACCCCUCAUCAUAAAAGCUGAGGAUAAUGACUUGGAUCCAUACUCCGGUCCUUUCAUAUUUGAGCUGGCAGAUAACUCUGACACUGUUAAGCAUAACUGGAAAUUAGGAAGGCGUUUUGGUGACUCAGUUGAGCUUUUAAUGUUGCGAAGCCUCUCACCUGGUGAUUAUUUAGUGCCUCUCAAUAUUCUGGACAGACAAGGAUUUUCUGAGACAGAGAUCCUGAAUAUAAGAGUCUGCCUUUGCCUAGAUGGGCAUACGUGUUCAGAGCAGAUUGCUGAACCCAUGAAAGUGGGCUUUGGAAGUAGUGCCAUUGCUGCAAUUUUGGCAACUCUCCUGUUGUUACUGUUGGUUACCUGUGUUCUACUUUGGUGUACUUGUGCAUCAAGAAACAAGGAAAGAAAGGUCUACCCACCAUUUGAAGAAGGCAUUCAGACUUUGAUGAACUACAAUGCAGAAAGUGGAAGCUCUUGGACUCAGGCUAGUCCAGAUGCUGUAGAUCAUGCUAUGCAACUCAUACUGCAUACAGAAAUUAAAGGAGGAAAACAAAUUGAUCAGGUUGGAAACACAAUGUUAUUACCACCCUCCCUCAAACUGAGUCAAGGACAUUAUGACCUGGGUUCAUCUGGAAUCCCUUAUUCCAGAUCGGAUGCCAGUUUUGGGAGGCUCCUCAACAGGAUUACAGAGAUAGCUGGUGAAAUGCUGAAUGAGAAGCUCUUUCACAUCAGUAACCUGGAGGAUGAUGUAAUCGUGUACCAACCUCAUGUAUAUGUCGAAGAGGGAGAGCUAGACAGAUGUAGUUCCUGCAUGUCCAUCCCUGUGACUGAUGAUGAGUUGCCAGUGGAUUUCUUGAAUACUCUGGGACCCAAGUUUACAGCUCUGGAAGAAAUUUGCCAGAAGAGAUUUCAAUUGUAGCAGUGAUGGAGCUGCAGGGCCUCUGUCAGACUAGCUUGGAUCUGAAGAGACUCAUGCUGAGCACAAACAUCUGCUGAACCUGGCAGGCUCUCUGCUUCAGGGAAGGUCCCGGCACAAAGCUCUGUGCACAGCUAAGCAAUAUCCCACAAGUGCAGUGAGACAGUGGUUUGGGUUUUAUUGUUUUGUUUUCAUUUUGUUUAAACCUUUGCUGGGUUUGUACCUUGAAGAACUGACAGGCAGAUGGUAGAGACUUCAAAGAGUAGUUUUUCAUCUCCCUUCCCUUCUCUGCCAGGUGUACUGGGCCCUUUGGUGCCAGAGGAAGGCUUUUUUAGUGUAACUAGAGUUAAUCCAGUUGUUUUAGCUGAAGAGACUGAAGUGCAAUGUCUUUGACAUCACGUAGCACAUCCCUGGCCUCCUUUGGUAACAGGUCUCUGUCUGAUCAAGGACUCCGCAUUUCCCGCUGACGUUUUCCAGUGGUUGUGUUUCUUUUUGAAUCCUCUUAAACUAAUCUGACAAAGGCUGUGUAUGCAUGCAGCUGUCUCUGGUUAGACCUGGUGACCAACCUCAGCUGCCACCACUGAGCCACAAGCAGCUUCUCACAGUGGUCUUACAGCCGGUGUGCCACCAAAGUGCCAAGUACUCCCUGGGAGAGCAGCAGGUGCUGAAUGGACUGAGCUGACAACAUGGAGAUGCCUACGUACACCUUCAUCUGGGCAUCAGCCUUGCUCCAGCUGGCCGAAGUGGGGUGACUCCAUGCUUAUAGUAGACUUGCUGGGGAUUUAGGGCAGUCAGCAAGCCCCAAAUUCUAGUAAAGGCAAAGUUUGAUUUUGGGAGGCAGCGUAGGUUGAGUUCUCGGUCAUGCCCAAAUGCAUCCACCGUUCUUUCUGCAGCUGACUUGACUUCUCCCCGCCCUGUGGUGGUGGCUCACAUUUUGUUGCUUGUGUGGGUCAGAGCUCACUUCUGUCUAAUUGAAUGUGCAAAUGUGAGCUUUGGCCUGGCAGUCUGGUCUGUUUGGCUGCAGGGAACGAAAGGACCAGCCACCACUUAGAUACUACAUAGUGGGAGUCUGCUUUGGUAGAGCAAAGGAAACAGAUGGAAGUGCCCACAGGGCUGCAUAUCGGGGAAUGCUAAUCAUUCUUCAACUGUUGCUGCAGGGGAGUGCUGGGCACCCUGGCGGGGCGGACACAGGCUUCCUCCUGGCAAAAUGAACGUCGUGAUCCAUGCAGCAGCUGGUGCAGGACUGGGGGUGGGGGGAAAGAGGGAGAGCUUCUCUCUUAAAGAUUAUGGCACAGAACUUGCCUGUCUUAUUCUAUUCACUAAAUGCUGCACUGUUAGUCUGUAGUAUACUGGCCAGCCUGCAGGAGACUUUUGCAAGUCCAUAUUAAUGCGCUCUCUUUUUGGGAGGUCACAGAGGAGGCACCAACAGUUAGUGCAGGCAGCAAGAUUAUCUUUGAUUCUGGGGAAGGGAUACUCUUGAGUUUUAGGAUCAGGAGGCAAUGAGCUCUAGUCUGUAGCUGGGGUCUACACACCCUGGGUGCGUGACCCAUGGUUUUGUUAAUGAUUAAUCCUGUUCAGUGUGGCAGUUGCUAAGGGCCAUCCACAAAUGGGGCUCCUUUGUGCCAGGUGCUGCACAACUCAAGUUGUGUCCCAAUGAGCUGCAGCGUGAAAAGGUGAAACAGGUGCGGGGCGUGUGAAGGAGCAGGGAACACAAGCAGAGCAAACACGAUGGCAGCAAAUGUCACAUUUGUUCCAGAAUUUUUGGAGAGGAUUAGCUGAAUGGAAAGGACAGUGAUGGGCAAGGGGAACCUGGAAAGCAUGGGGUAAGGCAGGGAGAGGAAGUUUUACAAGCCUGGGGUGGAGCUGAAGUGCAGAAAUUGUGAGGAUGGACAGGGAGCCAGUGGGUACAGGUCCUGGCCUCGGCUUCUGCAGCUGCUCCUACCGUCUGAAGUCUCUAACUGCUGUCUGGAUUCCUCCCCCAAACCCACAGAGUUGGGGUGAGGUCCAGUUUAAUUACUUGUUAAUGCAGAACGUAGCCUGGUUUCAGGUAUAAGGGCAAAGUGCCUCCUACGGGACUCCUACGGGAUUUGCAGUGUCUUGCUGGGCUGGGGGCCUGACACUGUCCAAGACAGGUACUUCACUGCAUGUAUAAGAUGUUUUUUUACUGAUUUUUAUUAACUGUCAUUUAACUGGCAUUUCUGUUUUGCUUUGGGGAAAUCUGGCUUGUGCUUUUUUAUAUGUUUAAAAUAAACAGAUGUUUCAGCCUGUGAGUUGCACCUGCCUGAAUAGCAGGGCCUUGUCUCUCAAGAGCCCUCUCUGCAAUUCUCACCUGCUUG